AUGAUCGAUAUGAUGCUCAAGAAUCGUGAAGCGCAAUUAGCUAAAUUAGUGGAUAUUCAAAAAAAGCUCGAGGUGGCUGAAAAGAUUGAAAUAUGUCGAAGGAUAAGAAAUGGCAUGACGAAUCCAGAAUCGGGUCGACGAGCCAAGCCUUCACGUAGUCUUAGUAGAAAUCGGAGAGAUAUAAAUAAUCGACGAAGGAGAUCAUCUGCUGGUGUGGAAGACAAGGAUUUGAUUAAGAAAAUCGAGAGAGAAUAUGAAGAACCACCAAUUGAAAAUCCUUCUUUAGUCUACAAUCGGCUUUCAGUAAAAAUACUCAAAUAUCGCUUUUUACACAAAUUGGAUGAUAAAACUUUGUCGACUUACAUGGAUCAAUUAAGGCGUCAGUUAAAUAAACUUGAACGUUUUCGUGAAAUAUCAUUUGGCCCACAUUCCAUUGCACGUCAUCAAGGUGAACAGCAUCAGUCAUGGUUCUUCCGUCGCAGGUCAUUACCCACCUUACAAACUUCAGACCAAACUAAUAACCAGCAUGCUUCAUUAAGGUAUAGUAAUCUUCCAACAUGCCCUUUCAUUUCCAAACAAAGACGAAAUAGUGAAUCGAAUCGAUUACCAUCCAUUGGGAAGAGAUUAAGAAAUAAAAUACGCUCUAAUGAACUGCAGUUUCCAAAUCGCCUUUGGCCAAUAGGUCGAAAUUUUAGAGAAAAUUUUGAAAUUUUUUAG